UUAGGGUUUAGCAAAAAUGCGGGAGGAAGAAAUGUGGAUCCAGGUCGGAUUCGAGACUUCCGCGCCGAAGGUCUCACACUGCUGGGAGCAGCCCCGCGAGUUUUGCGCCAUCCGUGGGGCGAUCAAACACGCGCCGCGGCCGUCGUCUCCUUGUUCCAGUGAGGCAAAGCUCGUCAAGGACUCUUUACAUGCUCUCCAGGGACUUCCCUCCGCGAUCACAGCCUUGCGCUCCCUCGCCGCAGCCUUUGCCUUGCAAGCUGCCGAUAAGACUGCUCACAACAUUGCUACUCUCUGGCGGCUCUCGUCCAGCGCCAGCGCUUUGGCCAAACUACUCUCGUGUUUCGCUCGAGCGGGGUGGCACAGGUACCAGCUCGAUCGGUUUGUAGACUUCUUCCUCGGCUUCCACAGGAGGAAAGCUGGCGGCGCUUGUCCGCUCUUGAAUCAGGCUUUUGCUUCUGCUGUGAGGACCAUCUUGCACGCACACUCGGCCGCCUUGAAUCUUCGGUUUGAUCGCAGCAGUGCUCAGAGCCUUGUGGAGCUCUAUCUCCACACCGAGGAGCUGAGGGUGCAGCUACAGGCUCUCACGAGGAUUUGUUCCAUAGGUGGCGAUGGCGAGGACGAGAAAGCAGCGUUUUCCACCACCGGCAAUGAUAUGCUGGAGAAGUUCAAGGCUUUCCCGAAGGGAGCUGACUUGCUCACUCUUCUCUACAACUUGUUGCUCGAACCUGAUCCGGUGCAUCUAGAAGUGCUCCGCUUCUUGUUUGCUCGGACAUAUGAGCCAUAUGCGCUUUUCGUGAGAUCGUGCAUAUACUGCGCUGAUCUAAAGGACCCGCAUGGAGAGUUUAUUCUGGAGCAAGCGUCAAGGCCUCGGCGAUCGCAGCCAGUGGAGAACUCCAUGAAAAGUAGCCUGAAGAUCCGGACAGGCGUCAAUACUCCUGUUUUUCUGGUGGACGUAUCUUCUCAAAUGCUGCGUACAGCACAACAGUUGGAAGUCCUGCUAAAGCUUCCAGAGACGCGUGAGUUUGCCCAGGCCUUGAGCUCUGCGUUUCAAGGCUCCAUGCCAAGUCACGAGACAGACAUGGAAGGGCAGGUUUCUUGUUUUUUAUCUGUGGCCUUUGACAAGAAAGGCCUCAGGCAAGUUUUCAAGCAGAGGCAGCAUCGAGCGGAGACGAUUGCAGAGCACUACCGUAAAUUUUUUGGUGACAAGUAUCCCACAAAAUUGGAGGAAGAAUCAGCAACAGCUUCAGAGGACUCGGAAUCAGAGCCAGAAAUAACAACUACUGAUGAAACGGCCACUUCUGCUGAAGUGGACUCUCUGCGACUUGGCGAGGACAGCAAUGACAAUCACGACAGUGAUACCGGUGCUAGCUCUGAGCAGGAAACUGUCAGUUGUGACGAGAGCUUCUUACAACCACACACGCAGGACAGUCUUUUCGCAAGCGAAGUUCCUCCUGAAUCGGGUUCCUCGGCCGAUCGUGCAUUAAGCAUCUCAUCUUUACUUACGACACCAAAUGCUGGACUGCCAAGAAAUCCAUUUUAUGCUUGUGGCGAAGGGAAUAUCAACGAGUACAUUUCCACGAUCUUCACGAAUACUGCUGAUGGCUGGGAUAUAAGAUCAACCCUCGUUAACGAGAACAGCCUUGCGAAGAAGCUCAUUCCGGAGCUAUCACAAGUGGGACUUCUAUCCUUGACCAAGGCCACGAAGAUUGACAUCGAUGUCGCAAGCAUUCUACUUAAAGAUGACAACUUACCAGCUAUAAGAAGAGCUCCAGAAAGUGUGGAAGAGAGAGUCAAGCUACAGCCUGCGGAAACUAGCUCCCCUGAUGAAGUAAGAAGCGAAAAGUCCUCAAGUCCUCAAGGAGGUGGUUCGUGGGUCUCAGCACUCAAAAUGACUACACAACACAAAACCACGCUUCCUGGAUGCCGUCAAGAAAGAGCUGGCUCGGACAUUCCUAUCAGCGUGGCCGUGGAGAAGAGCAUUACGGACGAGAUCCUUAUGCAAUACCGACUGGUGAGUGUUUUCACAGUAAGACUAUUGCAGGACCACCUUCACCUUCAAGACCAUUACCUGGCGCUGAGACGCUAUUAUUUCAUGGAAGUUGGAGACUGGGCUGAUAAUUUCAUCACUGCGCUUUGCUCCCAUAAGUGGGGCCUCUCACGACGACAACAUCACAUUGUCGAAGUUCAAGGAAUGCUGGAAACAGCUCUACAAAAAUCCUCGUGUGAUGGAGAUAGUUAUGCCGAAAGGCUGCAUAUUUGCAGCAUAUCCGAGGGCCAAGACGAUGCCUUUGUCAACCACAACAGUUUGGAGGCUUACGAUUUUAUUGAGCUUGGCUACCAUGUGGAUUGGCCACUUAAUCUUAUUCUCACAGCAGACGCUUUGUGCUUGUACAAUCUGAUCUUCAGAUUGUUGCUUCGUGUAAGGCACGCGGUUUUCGCCCUCGGAGAAAUCAGCAGCUCGCUACAAGCAGUGGAACGCUCUAUGCGUCGCCUGAGGUCUUCGGAGCAGCAGACGGAUAAACUCCGAGCUCUUCAACUUUUUAGGCACCAAAUUGGGCAUUUUGUCACAGCCUUUCAGUGUCACGUACAUUCGCAGCUUCUACAUGUUGUUUGGGGCGAGUUUCUUCAUGCUAUCAAACACGAGAUCAAAGACAUGCAGGACUUGGAGGUAGUCCACCACAAGUACUUAACCAACGCAGUCCAUCAAUGUUUCCUUUCUUUGGAGCACACAGGAGUGAAGUUAUGCACGGACAACAUAAUGCAGUGCUUGCUCGACUUUCGCUCGUCUCUCAAGAACAUUAGGAGCUGGGAGGAUGACAAAGUUUGCAUCGACAAAUUGUAUUCAAGGGUUCUAGAGCUGAGAUCUUCGUUUCAUGAGACCGUCUGCCGCUUACACAAAUACUACUUGAAAUCCGAGGCCCAGCACCAGCUCUCAGACUUUUGGAUGGCUUUAGAUUACAAUGGCUAUUUGGCAUCGACGUGCUGAGGAGCAAAUCAGUUGAAAACAUGCUCGACAAUUUCGACCAUUUAACACAUGUGUCAGCAAAUCCUCCAUAUGCACGAAAUCAUCCGUUUUCAAGGACAAAGUUGGCGGACUUUAUUGGUGAAGGAAUCCAGCCUAGGCCAUUGUACCGUGUUGCUUGGCACGACCAUUCUAUUAUUUCCAGCCAUCCACUCCUCCGUUCCCGCCAGGUACUCCAUAACACCAUCCUUUUUUGUGCGAACUCCUGCUUGCCACCUUUGUGAUUGCAUCGUUGAUUCCCAAGUUUAGAUUGUAAGCCACGGCGGGGACGAUGUUGUGCUUGCCACCUUUGUGAUUGCAUCGUUGAUUCCCAAGUUUAGAUUGUAAGCCACGGCGGGGACGAUGUUGAGGUAGUUCCCGGUGGCCCAUUCUUUUCUGAAGGAGAAAAGUCGUUGACAAUCAUAA